AUGGGUACUCAGAAAGUUCUCUGGGAUGCCAUUGUGAUCGGGGCAGGCAUCCAGGGCUGCUUCACUGCGUACCACCUGGCCAAACACGGGAAAAGAGUCCUCCUGCUGGAGCAGUUCUUUCUUCCACACUCCCGAGGAAGCUCCCAUGGACAGAGUCGCAUAAUCCGAAAGGCCUAUGCUGAAGACUUCUACACUAAGAUGAUGGAUGAGAGCUACCGGAUUUGGGCCCAGCUGGAGCAGGAGGCUGGAACCCAGUUGCACAGGCAGACUCAACUACUGCUGCUGGCAAUGAAAGAGAAUCCAGAACUAAAGACAAUGCAGUCUACUCUGUCAAGGCAGGGGAUAGAACACCAGUAUCUUUCAUCUGGAGAACUAAAGCAACGUUUCCCAAAUAUUCAGUUCACCAGGGGAGAAGUAGGGCUCUUGGACAAGUCCGGAGGUGUCCUCUAUGCCGACAAGGCCCUCAGGGUCCUCCAGGAAGCGAUUCGCCAGCUAGGAGGCACAGUGCAGGAUGGGGAGAAGGUGAUGCAGAUAAGACCCGGGCAACCAGUCAUGGUGAAAACCACUUCUGGGAGCUACCAAGCCAAGAGCAUGAUCAUUACUGCAGGUCCUUGGACCAACCAGCUCCUCCGUCCCCUGGGAAUUGAGUUACCUCUCCAGACACUGCUGAUCAAUGUGUGUUACUGGCGAGAGAAGGUUCCUGGGAGCUAUAGCGUGUCCAAAGCCUUUCCAUGCUUCCUGAGCCUCGACCUGGCUCCCCACCACAUCUAUGGGCUGCCUGCAGGAGAGUACCCAGGGCUGAUGAAGGUCUGCUAUCACCAUGGCAACAGUGUGGACCCUGAGGAGCGGGACUGCCCCACAGCCUUCUCAGACAUCCAAGAUGUCCAGAUCCUGUGCCGCUUUGUCAGAGACCACUUACCUGACCUGAGGCCGGAGCCCGACAUCAUGGAGCGUUGCAUGUACACGAACACCCCUGAUAAGAAUUUUAUUCUCGAUCGCCACCCGAAGUAUGACAACAUUGUCAUUGGUGCUGGAUUCUCUGGGCAUGGAUUCAAGCUGUCCCCUGUUGUGGGGAAGAUUCUGUAUGAAUUAAGCAUGAAAUUAACACCAUCCUAUGAUCUGACACCUUUUCGAAUCAGCCGCUUCUCUGGCCUGGACAAAGCCCAUCUUUGACCCUCGACCACCACCCCCUUCUGUGCUCAGGAGCCCUCUGCUGGGGAGGACUUCUCAGAUGGAAGAAAGGCCCCGGGAUAUCAUUUUAAACUCCUGCUUCUCUUGAAAUCCCUGCAAACACCAAGUAAUUGAGUCUGUCUCUUUCUCUAGACAGCUCCCCAAUUUCAAUGACCUUCUCUCUCCCUCCUGGAAAGCCAAUUAGAUGUUCCAUCAUCUCAGAGUAGCAAGGACCUUUGAGAUGGAUCUUUCAAUAGGGAAGUGACAUAGGGACUGGCUCAGGAGACCAAAACGGUUGUUAAAAAAAUUCUCUUUAUUGGGGACAUUCGAUGAACAUGGGGUGGAUUUGGCUAAAUUUGCCCAGGGGAGGGUAAACAAAAGACCUAGAUCACUAAUGCCCUUGGGGUUCCUUUUCCUAAAACUAG